GAGAAGGAGAGGCGGAGCCCAAAGAAAGCCUGGGAAACCGCCAUGGACGGCGCCUUCUCCUCCCACGAGGAAGCGCACCAAGACAUCAUCCUCGACUGGGCCUUCUCACCGCCGCCGCCACACUAUCCCUUCGACCACCUCGAACCCAUCCCUGUUCCAUCGAUGACGGCGAAGCGUCCGCCGCCGCCAGCCUUCGUCGAGUACACAGCGUCGGAAGGCACCGCUCCCUCCUUCCGGUGCUUCGGAGACGUUGACAACAUCCACCGGAGAGUGAACCGAUUUCUGGGAUCCAUGGAGAUGGCCGUCAGGCCGGGGAACUCCGACGAGAGGACGGGAAGGAGCCGGGGAUUUCGACACAUGAUGAGGGAGAGGGAGAGAAGGGAGAAGCUGAGCCAGGCUUACGCUGAGCUCCAUUCCAUGCUCUCGUGCACGUCAAAGGGGGACAAGAUUUCUAUAGUUCAAUCGGCAGUGGAGCGGCUGAAGGAGUUGCAGCAGGCGAGGGAGAAGCUACGGAAGCGCGGCAGAGAUCUUGAGCUGAUGGUAUCCGGAAAUGUCACGGAAGUGGAGGUCUCCUCGAUCAAAGUGGACGUCAAGAACUGUUCGACGUCGAUGGAUUCUAUGAUCUCUGUGCUCCGGCGUUUGAAGCACAUGGAGUUGAAGGCCACCGCCAUCCGGUCCACCUUCUUCAACCGGGAUUUAUCUGUGGAAGUGGCCAUUGAUUCAAAGGUGGCAAAAGACAAGGUGGAAAGAGUCAUGAAGACUGCUUUAGCAGAAGAAAGACACUGGUACCUAACUUGUUCUGUGCAGAAUGCAUCAUGAUUCUUGACCUAUUUCAUUAUAAUUCUUGUUGGCAUCCUUUUUCUUGUUCUUGUAAUAGUCGAGGAGCAUAUUUUGCCUGUAGAACAAAAAACUAAUUAUAUACUGAUGUGUUGAAAUGAGUCUAUCUACAGUCCAAAAAUUUCAGAAACAAUGACACUUAUGGAUCUCGUUUAGAAAUUGUUCUUUUGCAAAUGGUGGGUUUUCUGAUCUGAAGAACUUUAACGUUCCGAUCUAAUGAUGCAACUCUCAUUUUUAGCGUAUGAUAGAAUUUUCUGGCAUCAGCAUCCAUAGGCUAUGGGAUGAACUGCAAUGGACUCCCAAGGUGAUGCAGGUGAUAUGCCCUUAAACUUGCAACAACGUCCGGAUAAGAUUGAUAGCUGCAAUCUUUGACUUUUGAUCAGCUUAUGGGCCCCUCUAAGUUGUUACUUAAAUGAGAAAAAUACCUCUUCAUUCAGAUAAGGAUGUCAGGAGGAAUCAAUGGAUUCUGUCUCAUAUAAAAAGACGAGAUCUUGCAGUGGAUCAGUAAAACAAUCUCUCUAUUUAUCUGUUCAAUUCAUGGAUCAGCGGUAUGAUUAUUAGGUUAAAAAAGGAAUUAUCGGAAUUUUACUUAAAUACAUUAACAUGAUUGUAUUAAUUAUCUUCUUAGUGGAACUUCAAUUUUUUUUAAUCUCAGAUUUAUCAGAUUGUUUUUUUAACUCACUUUUUUUACUUCAAAAAACAUCUUAAAGAAUUAUACCCAAAUGGCAGACAUGUGAAUGUAGCAACAGUAUCUACAUUCACCAAGGAAGCACAUAGUCUAUCAAACGUGGGCUCCAC